AUGCCUCAUUAUCGCAUUGGGGUUGACGUUGGUGGCACCAACACCGACGCCGCUCUGCUCAACGUGGAUGACACGGAACCCCGUGUAUAUGCCUCUACCAAGACGCCCACGACCCCGAACAUCACAUCCGGUAUUACCACAGCCAUCGAGAAGGUCCUGGCUGAAUCUCGCGUCGAAAACCGGGACGAGGUGUUGAGCAUCGCGAUCGGAACCACCCAUUUCAUUAAUGCGGUCGUCCUGGCAGAUGCUACCCGCCUCAGCAGAGUGGCUGUCGUUCGAUUAUGUGGGCCAUUCACUAGGAUGGUGCCUCCAUUCGCGGAAUUCACCUCAAAGCCGAGGGAGAUUAUUCAGGGACCGGUGUUCUAUUUGGUGGUAGGUGGCGCGCCGCAUGGUUGUCAUGGAUCAUGUAUGAGCCUAACCAACCCAGGACUCGAGAUCGAUGGGCGGGAGAUUGCUCCGCUGGACCCUAAGCAGAUCAAAGCAACCGUCAAAAGCAUCCAGAAGGCAGGGAUCCAAACCGUGGCUGUAGUUGGAGUAUUUUCCGCCGUUGACUACGAUGGCAUCCACGAAGAAUCCUGCCGAAAGCAAAUGCUGCGACUGGACCCCUCCCUAUCUGUUGUCUGUUCCCACACCAUAGGAGGCAUCGGACUUUUGGAACGGGAAAACGCCAGUAUUCUGAACGCUUCGAUCCUGAAUCUAGCGAGGAAAACAAUAACUGCAUUCAGGAAUGCCUUGGCCCAGAUGAAACUAAAGUGCACGCUUUACCUCACCCAGAAUGACGGAACGUUGACCGAUGUCACUUCCGCAGCGAACCUUCCCAUCAAGACAUUCUCCAGCGGGCCUACCAACAGCGUGGUCGGCGCAGCCUUCCUCGCGAAGCAACACCAAGCAAAAUCAGCCACACAGGUCCUGGUCAUGGAUAUUGGCGGCACUACAAGCGAUAUUUGCGCACUACUCCCGAACGGAUUUCCUCGCCCAGCGCCAAACUUCGUCGAUGUUGGAGGUGUAAAAACGGCAUUCUCCAUGCCGGAAGUGCUCUCUAUCGGAUUGGGAGGAGGGAGUAUCGUGACGGUAGACGGUGAUACCGUGCUUGUAGGCCCAGAAUCGGUUGGCCACGAAAUCACCCGGAAAGCGCUGGUCUUUGGAGGGGAUGUUAUGACAGCCACGGAUAUUGUGGUUGCGUGCGGGAAGGCUGAUAUAGGUGACAAGUCGAAGGUAGCCCAUAUUCCCGAGGAGGUUAUCACCAAGGCCCGAGCUUGUAUUCGCAAGAUGCUUGAGCAAGCUAUCGAUAAGAUGAAGAUUACGGAGCAGCCGGUAACCCUACUUCUGGUCGGUGGGGGCUCGAUUAUCCAGAUGGACCCGUUGCACGGUCUUGCGGAGUGCAUUAUCCCGCCUCAUUACGGCUCCGCAAACGCUGUAGGGGCAGCGAUUGCCAAGGUCAUCGGUGAGGUGGAUAUCAUUGUUAUGCUAGCUAGCAGCGAAGGUAGCGAAGAUGACGCUGUGGAAGACGCGAAGCAAAGGGCCAUUGCAAAGGCUGUGGUUCGCGGUGCGGACCCAGGUGAUGUCAAGAUCGCGGAAGUCACCAAGAUUCCCCUGUCAUAUGUUACGGGCAAGGCGACUCACCUGAUCGUCAAAGCUGUCGGCAAGCUCGCUUCUCGUGAGUCUGCGAAGCAGGCAGCGGAUACUAUGGUGGAACAAUGUAUAAACGGCGAGCUAUCGGAGCCCCUGUGGCAGUCUAGGACCGGCGGCAUAGUUGUCGUGAAAAGAUUAGGUGCAGAAACAGGCCCUGUCCAGGAGGAAACCAGAUACGACUCGGUAGACUGA